UUAGCUCUUUAGGUUAGAGCCAGUAAUUCGAAUGAAUAUUGCAAUGUUGCGAAAUUUGAAUAUUACAAUCAAAUUAAUUGAACAGAAAUCGUUAUCGCUAUCGAAUGAUAUUGCCUGUGAUAACGAAGAAAAAUUAAAUUACAUGUGAUUAUUAUGCAAAAGUUAAACAUAUCCCAGUAAAUGUAACGCCUUCAAGAUGAUAGAGGAGCUUAACUACGAUUGUCAACUGCUUAUUAUUGCCUAUUUGGAACUGAAAGACCAACUGGCAUUGUGGGAGGCAACUGCACACAUUCCUUCGAGUCGAUUAAAUGCCACUUUAAUAUACAGCUGGCAACACAAAUUGAGCUACGUCUUAGAUGAAGAGGUAUUAGAUCAAUUUGAGGAGAAUCCAAAGCAAUCAGACGGCUUUUUGUGCGCUAUCAGUGGAACUGUUCAACACCUGGAUCUACAAUUUAUAAAGACUUAUCAAUUGCAAAAGUGGAUCGGACACAGUUUUCCCUGCAUGCGAGAACUGUGCUUUACCGUGAAUGAUAGCUGCCAGCCCGUAGGAUCCUUGGUACUGCAGCUCUUAGUGGAACUUUUCCCUAAGCUAAAUGCAAUCAAGCCAUGGGGCACCUUUUACAGCGAAAUAACUGAAAAAUGGACGCAGUUGCAGCGAUUGGACUUAACUGAAUGUUGUCCACCUAUUGAGCAUAUAUCCAUGUGUAAAUUCCAGCAAUUAGAACAGAUAACAGUACACAGUGGCUUUCUGACUCAUCAGUUUAUUGACAGCCUUUUAGCCUUGCCCAAUCUACGAGCCAUCUGCUUCCAUGCAGAAGAAAGAAUUGAUGAAGUUCUAAAUAUAAUUAUAGAUAAACGGGCCGAGCAUAUAGAGCGGCUUAGCUUCAACGACAGCAUUUGGUUUUGUACACAGGAGACUCUGCAAAGAGCAAAGAAUGUGCGUCAGUUGAGCCUAAUCGAGGAUGAUGGCUUUCAAAGAAGUCAAUUGGAAACGUUGUUAUCAAAUUUACCCCUAUUGAAGCAAUUGGAUUUAAUUAAUUUUCAAAUUUGGCGCUCGGAGAGUGAGCUUUGGCAAGCAGUUGGCAGAUGCGAUUCGCUUCAAAUAUUAAAUAUUUCUGGCAUGCAGCUAUAUAACGAUUUCUUUGAGUUCAGCAGGCGUCCCAUGGAGACUGUCUUGGGCAAGCGCUCCAAUCCUUUGAUAUUGUACUGCAAUGACACAGGAGACUGCAAAGAACGGGUUGCUCAGUGCUUUAGUCAUUCCAAUUUGCUUCUCAAAUGGGAGCCAUUAAAUAAUAAUAGCUGUAUUGAUUAUGGUUAUGUAAAAGUAGAAUUUGCUCCCUUGGCGACGAUUCAAUAACUGAAGCUCAAUGAAUCGGAAAAAUAUAUAUAAAUAUAUGGAUAUUUCUUUACCUAAUCCAUAAACAAUUUGCUUCAAUAAGCAAGAAUGUCGGAAUGAUACGACUGGAUCAGCAGGCUACGAUAAGGGAAGAACCUGCGUCAGUUGAUCCUAAUAAGGGAGGUGACUGAAGACGAGAAUCUAGUAAAUCAAGUGGAAGCAAUGAUAGGCGGUCUCAAUAAACGGAUUGCUCAAUGCUUUAGCCAUUCCAAUUUGCUGCUCAAAUGAGUUUGCUCAAAGAAAUACAUUAUGAAUUUUAUUUGUUAUAUCUAUUAUAGAUAUUCUAUAUUUCAUUUGAUAAUUUUCCAAAGACACCAUUUUAAUAUAAACAGUCGUAAGAUCCUCAU